CACUGUUGACUAUGAGCGCGUUUUGACCCGGGUGAAGCAGUGGUUCGAGGCCGUGACAGAACGUGGGGAUCGGGGAUAUACAUCGAGAUCAGAGCCGAUGGAUCAGAACAUGCAAGCGUACCUGCAAAACUACCUGCCAACAGACUGCGUUCUGCCUGAAGACUUCACACUUUGAAUCGGAUCGUUAAAUGCAGCUAAUACGUCCACACUUUUGUCUUUUGUUUUUGUAAUCAGAAAAACGAACGCCUAAGUGAAUUAACAGCCGCCUGAUGCAGAUAUGAGAUACUUAAUACAGACAAUGAGUCAUACUUUAAGGGAUUCUCCGUAUUAAUAAUGUAAAUAUCGGUCUGACUCGCCUUUGCGCUCGCGACACAAACUCCACGAAAACCGCGAAAACCUUCGACAUCUUAGACAAAAAAAGGCUACAUUUGUACCAUUGGACGCGCUUAAACCACAUGGAAAGCUCCGCUUCGUGUUUUCUAGUGUGGGAACAAACCAACCCGAGCUCCAUCUUCUCUGCUUUCACUGAGCAGCUUCUGCAGCUCGUUUGUUUCUUGGUGCCAUUGGUUUGAAUCCCAUUCCUUCAAUAGUGGUUCCCACUCGACAUGAAUCAAUAAUUCGUGUGAAAUCCUCAACACAGGCCGCAUGUCUCAGAGCUGUGAGCAGUUUGAUUGAAGGGUCGAUUUUUUCCUUCAGAAGAGGUGCAACUAUACAUAACAAAACACUUCCUCAACAUGAGCACAGGCCCAAGGAGACCAGCUGCCUUCAUUCCAGCAAACCAGAGAACAACUGAACACGAUGCUUCCAACUCGGCACUCUUCUACCUUUUCCAAGAAGUUUCCAAGCUGGCAUCCCCCAUCCACAACAGUUUCCUGGACACAAACCCACCCUCCGCAUGGCUGCACGACACUUCUAGACAGGGUCCUCUUGUCGUCAAAAAAGAGGGCGACGAUGCACACCUGUUCUCCAUCUCCAAUGGUUCCUGCCAGUGUAGUUUGUCACCUUAUAGGCAGGUGAAAGAGCACAGUCACACCAGCGAGGUCACAGCUCUGGCUGAGCCACACCCUAAAUGCACCAGCCCUUGGAAAGUACUGAGUAUGAUCAAUCUGCAGUGCGAGAGGAUCCUCCAUCCAGGAGAUGUGCAGUCCGAACAAAGUUUAGUCUCAUCCGCCGCAAAAUCCUUCCAUUCAACAGACAAAACAUCGACUCCUGCAGCGGAUGCAGCGGAUCGGGGAGUCUCCAGCGACUGUAUAAGCGUUGAAUGCACUCUGAGACCAUCUCUCCUUAUCUGCGAGAGGCAGGACAUCCCAGUGGACGAUGACCGAGGGGACUGCAGCAGAGCCCCAAGUUUUGAGCCACAGUGCCGCAGGAAAGACUGUAUUCAGUCACAGACGGCUGAAAAUGUUUCAAUGCUCACCGUUGGCAGACAAUUUGAGUGGAACCAGGAGUGCAAGCGGGGCUGUGUCUCUUCUGAACAAGAUAUUUUGCAGGCACCCUUCUCUGAAAGUGUUUUGUUCCAAACACGCAUCCCCUAUGCGUUCCUUAAUGCCCAGCUAACUUUUAAUUCAAAUGAAGAUGCAAAUGUAGCUCGGUCAAAGCCAGCCCUGGAUCACAAUGCAAACUUCACUUUGUCCGCAGAGCCUCCAGAGGGUGAAUCCCUGCUGCUCCCGCCGAAGCCCGUCCUGCCCCCUUUGCAAUCGGCAACGCUUUUAUUUGGCCCCACAGAGACGUGUCAGUCCCUCGCAAAACGAGAUGGCAAAAUCCCAUCAUCUAAACCAGGAGGUGCGCACGCUCCGAGAGAGGAAACCGGGCCUCCGGUUGCACAGCUGAAGUGCACCAGUUACAGUGGAGCAGCAAACCCCUCACCUUCUGCGCCAUCAAAAACGGAGCCGAGGCCACUGGAAAAGGAGGAAAUUAAAUCUACCCAGCUGCGGAGGACCAAGACUCCCAGAAAACAACCUCAUCCCAGGCGGAGUGCCGAUAUCCAGGACCCGGACUUCCAGGGAGUGGCGUUCAGGAUGGACACAGCGCUGGAUGACGACAGGGAACAGUGUCGGCUCAUCAUCACGUCAACAUACAGCAAGAAGCUCCACAAGAGCGCAAGGAAACCCAGGCAGAGGACUCGGAUGUCCCAGAAAUCCAUUAAAACAAGCAGCUCGGAUGACGAGAGUUACCUGACGGCCAGCGUCCCCAAGGGUAAAGCGUGCGAAUCGUGCUGCACCAGGAAGACCCCCAUGUGGAGGGACGCAGAGGACGGGACCCCACUCUGCAAUGCCUGUGGGAUCAGGUACAAGAAGUACAGAGUGCGCUGCGCCAAAUGCUGGCACAUCCCCAGGAAAGAGGGCAACUCCAACUCUCGCUGCAUCAAGUGCGGAAGCCCUCUGAGGCUGACCGCGGCUCCGCGGAAACACGCCGCCUAGUGAAACGCGCACACACUCGCAGCGCAUGGAUUCUACGUGCACGUGUUCGCUGCGGCUUUGGCCUCUCACUCGACUCCGUAUUUAAAUCUACGCGUGGUCCAGGAAAUGCCACUGGUUCCCUCUGGGUGCCCCCCCCAAGGUGCUGGACACACCAGGGAACCACACCAAGCAGCUCCACUCUAUCCAGGUUUACUGCGCUUCAACCUGUUGGUGAAUGUUUGACAGGACUUCUACAGUUGAAAGGUUAGUUUUUGUAGCAUCAACGGGAUCCUCCGGGGCUGAGCAGCAGACACAUUCAGUGGAAAGUUGUUGUUUUUUCAUCUUAAUGGCUCCGAGGUGACUCGUGGCUGCAGCAGAAAGUUAUUUUUGCACACAAUCUGCCACCUGAGCUCAGCGCUGCGUUCACUGUCAUCAUCUACUCCUCAGGACCUUCAGUGGAUGCACCUUGAGUUGACAAGGUUGAAUUAAGUUAUAUGUUGUGUUUCUCAUUAAUUCUAAUUGUGUGUUAUUUUGUUGUUCAUUUGGGUUGCCGUCGGCAUUACUGUUCUGUGAGAAUAAUUUAAAUGGGUGUUUGUGUAUUUGUGUGUGUGUGUGUGUUGCAUGGAUUUUGAUGUGUAUUAAAUGCUGUAUGAAACAUCUGAUGGGUUUCUGGGUUAUUCGUAGGGACAUGGGACGCUCUUGAUG